AUGAACCCGGUGUCAACCGGGGGAGGAGGUCUUCCGUAUCAACAACCGCAACAUCAUCAAUUGACCGUUGUUGACCCAAAAUUUCCACCAAACGAAGAAUAUAGUCAAAGUAAUUAUAUCCAACCCGGAGGCGAACCAUUUUCCGGCCAUCUACAUCACCAUCACCAUCUCAAUCAGCAUCAUCUCCAAUAUGGAUAUCACCAUAAUCCUGCGCAUCACCACCAGAAUGCUUAUGGCAUGCAGGUCAAUGGUGGCUACGCGCCUUACGGAUACGGUUACCACAGCACCCCAACGCAUCAUCAUCAACUACACCAGCACCAUCAGCAACAUCAACCGACGCAGCUGCGAAAUGCUGGCAAUAGUCUGCAGCAACACCCUGAUGCAGCAGCAUGUAGUCCGGUGAGCGCGCAGCAUGAAUGCAGCAGCAGCGCGUCGCCUCCGGGUCCAGCGGUCGGCGCCACCAUACCUUUGCAGGAACUCGGCAUGCGGCUUGAUAGGCGCAUCGAGGAAGCAGCGCCGACGGGACAGCAGCUGCAGGAACUGGGAAUGCAUUUGGAGGAUCCCCCGUCGGAUCAGGACGAUCUGGAUGAUGAUCGGCUCAUGAUGGACGGAUCGCCUGCCAUGGAUGAUGACGAUGAUCACGAUGACUCCGAAAAUGGAGACCGUGUAAUAUACCCGUGGAUGAAGAAAAUACAUGUUGCUGGAGUUGGUGAGUUAUACUAA